AUGAGCACCAGCUCAUGGUCUCUCAGCAAAAGAAGAGGGAGGAAGAGAAGAAGUAUUGCUGAGAAGAGGUUACAGAGACUGAGAAUGAAGCUUGGCAGAAAAAGAAGGCUUGAGGUCAAGAUCAUGGCCCAUGAUCAUAAUUGUCUUGCUGUGGUUGGUGUGUUGAGAGAGAGAGUUGAGGAGGAGAUGAGAGAAUUUCUGGAUCAAUUACAGGGUCUGAGUGAAGACAAUAACAGCUUAUCUGCCCCAGAGGAGAUGGAGAAAGAUGAUUUUGAGAUUGUGGUGUCCUCUGAUAAGAAUGAUGAGGAGGACAAUGAGACAGAGGAUGAUUGGAUUAUUGAUAUCUAG